AUGGAAAGUGGAAGAGUAACAGAGGACAGAAAGUCAAUUGGCCAGACUAUGAUUCUCAAGGAUGACCUUGCUGCAACUGCCUUGACAUGGCGGGUCGGGAAUUACCUGCUGCUCUUCAUGUCCCUGCUAGCCAUUCAAAUAAAGGCCGACCUUGAGUUCCCAAAGGAUAAAUACUACACGUGGAAAACAGGGCAGUGGGGCAAAUGUGUGGGCGAGGAGUGUGGUCCCGGUGGGUUUCAGACCAGGACUGUGUGGUGCGUUCACGCCGAGGGCUGGACCACGCACCACUCCAACUGCUGGCCUGGGGACCGGCCUGAAGCCCAGAGGCGUUGCUUCAAGGUGUGCGACUGGCACCGCGACCUCUUCGAGUGGGAGGUGUCCGAUUGGGCCACCUGCUCACUGACGCCCCCACCUGCGGUUGAGCAGAGGUUACGGGCUGCGUCGUGCGUCACGGCGCAGUAUGGUGUCCAGCUGCGCAGCGUCCAGUGUGUGCGCAAGUCCAACCGCAGCGUGGUGGCAGAUCGCGUCUGCGAGUCCUUUUCCCAGAAGCCAACGCUAGAGCAAGCCUGUCUCAUCCCCUGUCCCUUUGACUGCGUGGUGUCUGAAUUCUCAGCCUGGUCUACCUGCAGUAAGACCUGCGGAGUCGGCCUCCAGUACCGUACCCGGGCAGUCCUGGCUGCCCCCGAAUAUGGCGGUGCUAGCUGCCCCAACCUCACCCAGACCAGAACCUGCAAUAACAUGCCACCCUGCCCCAGCGGAGAGACAGAAUACCUGUACAGUCUGAAAGUGGGGCCGUGGAGCCAGUGCCGGCUCCCUCCCCCGAAAGAGCUGUGGAUGGGAAGGACCACCCCAGAUCUCGGCACCGAUUCCACCGAGGGAAAUUCUGUCCAGCGCAACAUCCGUAGUGCUGGCCACCAUCUGCACCAGCACCAUCAUCAUCAUCCUCAUCCUCAUCAUCACAACCCCAAGGACUGGGACAUCGAAAUCGGGUACCAGAUACGGCAGGUUCGCUGCGUGAGGAACGACGGGAAAAAUGUCAUGCUGAGCCUAUGUGUCCAAGACGCUUCUCCUGUAACACAUCAGUCCUGUGUGAUGCCCAUAGACUGUGAGACAUCUGAUUGGUCGGCGUGGAGUUCAUGUUCAAAGACCUGUCGGGCUGCAGACCUGUCCCCAGGAUACCGCACAAGGACCCGCUAUGUUACGCGGCCCCCGAUUGGCCUGGGGGUGGAAUGUCCCUUUCUUCAAGAAAAAGAAGCCUGCAACAUCUUUGGCGACUCCCUCCCCAGUUGUCCCAUGUACGUCUGGAGGACCACAGACUGGGCCGACUGCCAGGUGCCCCCCCUGCUCAGCCCGCAGGAUCAGCGUCAUGGCAACCUGAGCUUCUUCUGUGGGGGUGGGAUCCAAACCAGAGAAAUUCACUGCGUACAGCUUUCUGAUAGCACUGCCCCACAUAACAGAAAAGAAGUGUCACGGCCUGUGAUUGGACGGCUCUGUUCUGGGCCUCUCCCCACUGCUGUUCAGCACUGCUUCAUCCCCUGCCCGGAAGAGUGCCUGCUGUCACCGUGGUCCGCCUGGGGACCGUGUCUGCAUGACAAUUGCUUGGAACCUCAGGGGAGGAAAGGUUUUAGGCAGAGACGGCGGCACGUGGUGCGUGAGCCCGCCUACACAUCCCGCGGCUGCCCCCACCUCGUGGAGUCCAUUCCGUGUGAGGAUCCCGUUUGCUUCCGAUGGAACGUGGCGUUUGAGGAGCCCUGCGCGCUCAGUGAAGGGGCCUGCGGACCAGGCAUGAAAAGCCAGAGCUUUGUGUGUGUCACCGCUCAAGACUCAGCGGUUCCCAGUGAGCGAUGCUUGGAAGAUGCCCCGCCCUCAGUGUUACCCUGUGAGGUGUCAUGCCCUGGGGAUUGUGUGGUCAGCUCCUGGUCAGUGUGGUCAACGUGCUCACACUCCUGCUCAAGCAAAAAUGCGGAAGGGAGGCAGAGUCGCUACCGCACCGUGCUGGCUCUUCCUGGAGAUGAAAAACCCUGCCCAGCAGCUACUUCUCUGGAGGAGUGGUGCUCUUGUAACGAGCACCCUUGCAUAAUAUUUUACUGGGAGGCUUCUCCAUGGGGUCCCUGCAUGGAAGACUCCUCCAUGACCAGUUUCAAUGCCACCAGCAGCUACAACGGGCAGCCCACCUGUGCUGUGGGGAUGCAGACUCGUAAGGUGUCCUGCAUGAAGAUGACCAGCGGGCAGGUGAUUGCCAAGAGGUGUCCUGAGUCCUCCAGGCCAGACAGUCUCCGGCCCUGUCUGCUGCCCUGCAAGAAGGACUGUAUUGUGACACCGUUUAGUGAAUGGACCCCUUGUCCCUCCACCUGCCUCCCAGUCAGUGAAAGUACAGCCACCCAGUCGAGAUACAGAAUUAUCAUUCAGAGACCAGCUAAUGGGGGAAAUGAAUGUCCCAAUACUCUUUACGAGGAGAGAGAGUGUGACUCACUUCCUGCUUGUCCAACCUACAGGUGGAAGACUCACAGAUGGCAGGAGUGUACCCUUGUGCCUGACACAGUCCAACAUCGAACACCAGGCACUGAGGAAUCAUGUGGCCAAGGUCUGGAGGUCAGAGGUGUGAUGUGCAUGCGAGAUGACGGCCAAGCAGCAGAGGUGUCCGAUUGCCUGCAGUGGGCUGGUCCCAUGCCGUCGCGGUUCAGGCCUUGCCGGGUUCCCUGCCGCGAUGACUGCAGCCUCAGCCCAUGGUCCGAGUUCACCGAGUGCCUGACCUGUGGGGGCUGGAGAAGCCGCAGGCGUAUGCUGACAGGCCGCAGCAAGAAGAGAGAGAAAUGCCAGAACUUGGAGCUGCAUCCCUUAGUGGAGAAGGAGCCCUGUCCCUGUGUGGAGAUGCUCUCUCAGCCCUAUGGGAACUGGUCGUCCUGCAUUCUCCCAGAGAGCCACAGCUGGAGGGCUCAGCGGGAUACCCGCGAGUGUGGCCAAGGCCUGCGACUCCGGGCCGUGUCCUGUGUAGACCACGAAGGCCACUUGGUCGACCCGGUUCUGUGCAACAACACAGGGUACUUGGAGGAGGUCUGUCAAGUCCCUUGCCCCUUGGACUGCAAACUGAGUGAGUGGUCAGCCUGGUCAGCGUGCAGCGCCUCCUGUGGUAGCGGACUGAAGGUCAGGUCCAAGUGGCUACGUGAGAAGCCUUUCAAUGGAGGACGUCCCUGCCCCAAGCUCGAUCUGAAGAAUCAGGUGUAUGAGGCAGUGCCAUGUCGCAACGAGUGUGGCCAAUAUGUGUGGGCGCCCGAGCCCUGGUCAGCGUGCGCCGUUAAUGCCGUAGACGAGCUGCCGGGCUGCGGUGAGGGCGUGCAGAGCCGCAAAGUCAGAUGCAUGAAGAGGGGCGGUGAAGGUCCCAGCGAUAUCGUGGACGACAGCCUCUGUAACGCUGACGACAUGCCAUUCAUGGGUCAGACAUGUUUCCUGCCCUGCGCUGACGAGUGCGUCAUGUCACAGUGGGAGCAGUGGAGCUUGUGUCCAGCACCAUGUGACCAGAGCACAGUACGGAGGCGUUUAAGGCAGCAGCUGAGAUUGUCACUGACCAGGAAAAGCUGCCCAGAAGACAACCAGACGGAGAGCUGCAUCCUCAACAGCAACUGUUUUACUUACCACUACAAUCUCUCAGACUGGAGUACGUGCCUAUUGAGUGAGAACGCCAUAUGUGGACAAGGCAAGAGGACAAGGCUUCUAGACUGCGUGCGCAGUGAUGGGGAGGUCGUGGAGCUGAACAUGUGCGAGGAGCUAGGUUUAGUUAAAACCUGGAAGCUCGAGGUUCCCUGUAUGGUGGACUGUCCAGUUAACUGUCUGCUCUCAGAAUGGUCAUCAUGGACUCAGUGCUCACAUACUUGUGGCAGUCAAGGUCAGAUGGUGCGAUCUAGAACCAUGUUGCAACAGGCCCAUGAAGAAGGGCGCCCCUGUCCAUCCCAGCUGUCCCAGACCAAGCCAUGUCCCAUAAGGCCUUGCUACGAAUGGGUUCUGGGCAAGUGGUCUCCAUGCCGUGUGGAGGGUGCAGAGUGUGGAGAGGGAGUUCGAGAGAGAAACCUGACGUGUGUGGUCCACUGGGGGGACCCUCUGGACCUCUCGUCACACAGACCUGUAGAAGAGGAAAAUUGCAAGGGCAAGGAGAGGCCAGGCAGCGGACAGGGACUCCAGCUGACCUGCUCAGUGCCGUGCCCCGGAGAUUGCCAUCUGACGGAGUGGUCAUCAUGGAGCUUAUGUCAGCUGACCUGCGCGGAGGGGAGGAGCUUCGAAAGCACAGGACGGCGAUCACGAUCCAGGGCAGUGGUCAUUCAGGUCCUAGAGAAUCAGGACAACUGCCCACAACAGAUCUUUGAAACACAGCCAUGUAAAGAAGGAAAAUGCCACAGCUAUGAAUGGAAGACCAGCGGAUGGAAAGACAAUGAGCGUUUUGUUUGGUGUCAACGUUCGGAUGGGGUCAACGUAUCUGGGGGCUGCUUUCUGCAAAACCGACCCACAAGCAUUAGGCAAUGUCACCCCCCCUGCACCAAACCCUUCUCCCAUUGCACACAGAGUGGCGUCUGUGGCUGUGAGAGGGGAUACACUGAGGUGAUGACUACACACGGCUUCCUGGAUUACUGCACGAAGACUCCAGGUGCAGAAAACAAGAAGGCUGAUGUCAAAACCAGCUCUGGGCGAGUUAAAGCUGGGACCUCUCCGAAACACGGCUUCCUUAGCGAGUGGACCUUCCAGCCCAUAGGACCAGAUGGCAGAAUAAAGCUCUGGGUGUACGGGGUGACCGCUGGUGGAUUUAUCCUGGUUUUAUUCAUUAUUGCGCUGUCAUUCCUGAUCUGCAAAGGACCCAAACAGCAUAAAAGUGUAACGCCACCACAAAAGCCCCUAACCUUGGCAUAUGACGGUGAUGUGGACAUGUGACCCAGCAGCACCUGAUAUCCAGACUCACAUGGAACAGACCUUGGGAAAUGGACACGCCCCGUUAAACCACGUUUAUCUUCUCAGAAGGUCUCCUGCAGCCCGUUGGAAGCUGGGUGGUUGUCUUCACCCAUGGAAACAAAUCACCCUUAACCUGCCAGUAACUGGGCUUUAUAUUCAAAAAGACAUUGAUGGGCUGCCUAGUCAGCGAAGACUUUUUUUGAUGUUUGAGGAGUUUAACGGCACUUUUCCCUGAGAUUUUCGCUGACUGGCAGAAUACAUUUCCAAACGCCUAAGGUAUUUUUUUACAUCAGAAGUAAAUCCAGAAACCUGCUAUAGACAUUUUAAUAAACAGAAAAGAUGUGCCAUUAUGCACUAUAUUAGUGCUCAUUUUUGUUUUCUUUUUAAAAUCCAACCAAUUUUCUAGUGUUUACAUUGUAAGGCAAGAACUCAUUUGCUGUGAAGUGGUGUUUAUAAUGACAAUGCUGUGUUUGUACUGUACUUCUGCUCUACUCAGUAUACCAAAACCAAGCUUAUCAAUGCAGUGUGGGUAAACUAAAGAGAUUUUUCCAUGCCCAUAAUAUCCAUAUAGGAGCUACCACUAGUCAUUCCCAGUCAGAACUAGCAAUUCAGUUUAUUGGAAGCUUGAAUGUGUCCUUUAGAGUAUUAGUGAAAAAUCUCAGUCCUCUACUUUGUUUGCCAUUGAGGUGCAUAGGCGAUUGCAGGGGCCGUCUGCAAGAUCAUCAUGGCUUUACAUAACCAAUAUAUGUCACAUUUCAAACCACAAGGAACUAUCUGCAUGACAGCCCUCACAUACUGAAAGUGUUGUUUUAUUUCACCCUAAACAUUUAAGAAGAAGAGCCCAGGAAACAAGUGACACAAGGUUCGGUCAUUCAGGUUUUGCAGACCAUGAUUAUGCUGGUUUCAUCCAUUCAUUUUUGCUCCUUCCUGUCUGAUGUGCUACAUAUAUUCAGCAGAAGAAUCUGCACUGUAGGACUGAAUUAGUUGAAAAAAUGCCCUUAGAACGUACUUGGGGUCCCCCCUCCAAGUCACUGAUAUGAUAGAUGAUGAACAGCCAGGCCUUGUGGUUGGAAAGGUUCAGAAACCCUGGUCUAACAGACAGAAUUGAAAAGGUUACAAGUGUACAGUUUAUAAACUCAAUGAUCAGACCUCAGAAUUAAACAUUGUAAGUCUUAUUUGUGUAUAGAGGUAUAUGUAUGUUGUUUUUUGACUGAUUUAAUGAUGUUGAACCAAACAUGAACGAAAAUUCAGGCUGACAAUUAAAUCUAAUUGGUUCCUUUAAAAGAUUUUUGGAUUGCUCAGAUUUCCCAUUUACACUAUGAUUGCUUAUUAAUUAGUAUUACCCAAGAUGAAUGCAAAGAGUGUGGGUUUGCAUUUACUGGUAAAACAGAACUGCAGCAUUUAUCUUGAUUCUGAGAUGUACAUUUGCAUGUAAGAGUGAAUUGAACUGUGUUCAUUCAUCUUCCAAAGUGGCCUUGCGAUCAUAUUGUUUCUGUAUGUAUGUCUUGAUUGCUCUUUAAGUAUUUUUUAUGACACUUAUAGUCUCAGAAUGCUACUUCUGAAAGGUUUCUUUGCCCCAAACACCACAUACGCCAACCCGGUUAAUGAACAUGUGUUUGUACACUGCCGUUUAGCUUGUGUACAUGAAUGACCAUGAACACAUAACAUGGAAAUAAAUUGUGGUUUUCUGUGCAAAAUUUAAUGUAAACAAAUUCAUUAUCUAAAUAGGCUGCGUGUUCUGGUAAGGCUGCAAGAAC